CAAAAUCGAUCAGCAGGCAGCAGUAGAUUUCAACAUGUCUGCCGUCGGCUGUCAGUAAAGGAGGUAUUUGUUUUCAACUCAGCAGCGGAUCCGUGAGCUCGGUGAAGAACAGACGAGGUGCUCUCAUGGCUCAGUGCGUGCAGUCAGUGCAGGAGUUCAUCCAGGACUCGUUCGUGCCGAUGGUGGCCGUCCUGUGCAGCGAGGAUGCGGAGAGAGUGACCCGCAAAAACAGCCUGAGCUUCCCCGAGCUGCUGCGGCCUUUCUGCCGCCUGACGUCCGAGGGUCACCUGCGUGACCCCAAUAACCAGGUGGUUGUGGUGAAGGGCCUCCGGAUCAGCGUGACUGGGAUCAACACACGGCCUCCACAGACCCCAGAGAUGCACAGACUCCUCAGCCAGGCGGUCUCUGUCUGCCAGCCUCCUGAAGGAUCGCCCGCCAACGUCAUCACGGCUGGAGACUACGACCUCAACAUCAGCGACCGCACGGUCAAAGCGAGCGUUCCCUGGUACUCUGACUGGAAAGAAACACUCACCCAGCUGAGCUCGUCCAAGUACUACACAGCAACAACACCAUGGUUUGAGACUUAUCGGGAGAACUUCCUGCAGUCCAUGCCAGCAUCAGAGCACGAGUUCCUCAACCACUACCUGGCCUGUAUGUUGGUGGUGUCGUCCUGUGAGGCGGUGCCGACAGAGCAGUUCCUCAAGCUGUCACAGGAACAGCACCGAAUCCAGCACAGUGGGGAAUACACUCAUCCCAAAUGGUUUAUCCCCAACACGCUCAAAUAUUAUGUCCUGCUUCAUGAUAUCAGUGAAGGAGACGAGCAGAGGGCGGACUCUGUGUACGAGGACAUGAAACAGCGGUAUGGUACUCAGGGCUGCUAUCUGCUCAAGAUAAACUCCAGGAGUGGUAGCACUGGUGCGGACGAACAGAUGCCGGACCCCUGGAGUCAGUACUUACACAAGACCAGCAUACACAACCCUGAGCUAUAUGAAGAAUCUGCAGUGAGUAAUGCGGUUGAAAACAACAUCGGCGCAGAGGAAGAUGGUCUUGAUCCCUCCAUUAGAGAUGACAAUGAGACUCAUCCUCUGCAGCUGGACCAGCCCACUGAUGCCGGUUACCCUAGCAACAACGCCAGUCAGUCUGUAAACAAUGUGGAUAUGACGAGGCCUCAAAAACAGGCCAGCGUGACCUCUCACACCACCCCGACCCCUCGAGGAACCUGCCUGACCCUGAACGACCACGACCACAUCCGGCAGUUUAUCCAGGAGUUCACCUUCAGAGGAUUAUUGCCGCAUAUCGAGAAGAACAUACGACAGCUAAACGACCAGCUUGUCUCAAGAAAAGGUCUGAGCCGAUCUCUUUUCUCUGCCACUAAGAAGUUGUUUGGUGGAGGGAAGGUCCCAGAGAAGAGUAUUGCUGAACUAAAGAACACUGCAGGGCUGCUCUAUCCCUCAGAGGCUCCAGAGCUUCAGAUCAGGAAGAUGGCCGACCUCUGCUUCCUCGUUCAGCACUAUGAGCUGGCCUACAACUGCUACCACACUGCCAAGAAGGACUUCCUCUCUGACCAGGCCAUGCUGUAUGCCGCUGGAGCACUGGAGAUGGCUGCUGUCGCUGCCUUUCUGCAGAGUGGGGCACCCAGGCCGUACCCAGCACACUACAUGGACACGGCCAUUCAGACCUACAGAGACGUGUGCAAAAACAUGCUAUUGGCUGAGCGGUGUUGUCUUUUAAGUGCUGAGAUUUUGAAGAGUCAGACCAAAUACUCAGAUGCCGCCACACUUCUGAUCAAGAUGACCAGUGAGGACUCUGACCUGCGGAGCGCACUCCUGUUGGAGCAGGCGGCUCACUGCUUCAUUAAUAUGCGUGGCCCCAUGGUGAGGAAGUUUGCCUUCCACAUGAUACUUGCUGGUCAUCGUUUCAGCAAAGCUGGACAGAAGAGACAUGCAUUGAGGUGCUACUGCCAGGCUUUGCAGGUGUAUAAAGGUAAAGGUUGGGCACUGGCUGAAGAUCACAUCAACUUCACCAUCGGUCGGCAGUCCUUCACUCUGCGGCAGCCAGACAACGCAGUGGCCGCCUUCCGGCACAUUCUCAUCAACGACAGCAAACAGUCGGCUGUACAGCAGACUGCUUUCCUCAGGGAAUACCUCUAUGUGUACAAGAAUUACAGCGAGAAACAAGCCGCAACGCAUGUCUCUUUGGAUCAGGAGUUUGACCGGGAUCUUUCCCCGCUGUGGAGGGAGUUGGAGGAGCGGGUCGUCGCCGUGGUGAAUAGAGGGGCAGUUCCCAUCACCUUCCAGCCCUCCCAAUGCUGUCUGAACAGUCAGACAGACAACCUCAGAUACCCCCUCGCUGUUGUGGAGGAGCCCAUCAUUGUGGAGGUGGUUUUCCGGAACCCCCUGAAGAUUCCCUUGGCUCUGUCGGCUCUGUGUCUGCUGUGGAAGUUUACUCCGAAAGACUUCUCAGACCCUCAGGGCAACACAGCCGGAGAAACCAUCACCAAUGAGAAAGCAUCUUUGAAAGAAACCAUGGCCCUCAAUGACAUCAUUGAUACGCAAGUCAUUCCAGAGUUCACCAUAAGUCCAGAGGAGACCAAAGUGGCCCGUUUGAAGUUGCUUCCUCAUAAGACCGGAGAGUUGCAUGUUCUUGGUGUGGUGUACAACCUGGGCACUGGAGAAGUAGACAACAGUGAAGGCUCGCUGGCCGAGGAUCUGAUGUGUGUUCGUGGACAGCAGAAUCUGGAGAUCCAGGGACCCAGACUCAAUAUGACCAAAGAAGAAAAGACUUCCGUCACAUAUGGACCAGAUCACCGCCUGGACCCCAUUAUCACUCCUCUUAUGCCCUUAUUGGAGGUGUUUUUCAUUAACUUCCCCACUGGUUUAUUGUGUGGUGAGAUCCGAAAAGCGUGGGUGGAGUUUGUGAAUGUGAGUGCAGUCCCUCUCACUGGUCUUCGGGUGGCGUCCACACACCCAGAGUUCUUCACGUUCGGGAGUGCCGCCUCUGACCUCACCCCAGUGACCCCCACAGCAGCAGAGCACUGUUCUGCAUACAAGACUGUGGCCAUGCCCCCAUCAGUGGAGAUCGUGUCGCUCGUGUCUCCAGCAGCGUUUGGGGUCACCAGCGGUGACCGGCCAGUAGUGGCAGAGAUUCCUUUAUCACAAGGUGUGUUGGGACCUGGGGAGGCGUUGCAGAUCCCAUUAUGGCUCAGGGGGCCCGACCGAGAGGGUGUCCAUGAAAUCAACUUCCUCUUUUACUAUGAGAGUACAGAGAAGACCGCCAAACUCAGUCACAGGGUCCUUCGACACACGGCUUUCAUCUGCGCAAGCCGAUCUCUCAGCGUCAGAGCCACGGCCAGCCGCAGCAACACACUGCACAGCAGAGAGAGAGAGACCGAAGAACGGCAGGAAGGAGAGGAGAAGAACGGCAGCAUGUUGGUCUUUGUGGACGUGGAGAACAUUAACACAAGCGAAGCAGGUGUUCGUGAGUUUCACAUAGUUCAAGUGUCCAGCAGCAGUCGGCAGUGGAGGCUGCACAAGUGCAUCAACCCUGUGGGAGAUAAAGACUCUAAGCUGGCCAGCAGGGAGAGGGGGAAGCUGUGCUUCAAAGCCACCAGAUGCAGAACAGAGGAAGCUACCUCAGAAAAAUACACCUUUGCCGAUCUCAACCUUGGCAACGAACAAAUUGUGAGCUCUACCACUCCAUGUGCUGAUUUUUUCUUCCGGAGAGGUCUGCCCUCUGAACCCAGGAGAGGGGGCGUUUCCACAGGCGGUGCUAGUCAAAUAUGGAGACAGAGCGGGACUGAUGACGGUGUGACAAAUAUUGUCAAAAAAUGCAGUGAAGUAGAGCUUGACAUCAUCGUCCUCUGGAAGGCAUAUGUUGUGGAGGAUAACAAACAGCUGAUUUUAGAGGGGCAGCUUCACGUUGCACUGCAAACCAUUGGCAAAGAGGCCUGCUCGCUCUCGCAGAAAGAGGAAACUCAGGAAUGGUGUGUGGGAUUAAGCAGGUUGAAGCUCUGA